AUGGACGGUGAUGAUAUGUAUGAUUCGGCCGACGAUGAUAUAGACGACUAUUACAAUGAUUAUGAUGAUGACAUGAAUCCAGAUGUUGAGGAGAUGAAAAAAGUUGAAUCUGAGGAUGCAGAAUUUGAGUGCCUUAAUGUCUUUCAGGUUGAACGUGUGUUAAACGAAAGUGUUGCCUCAUUGGCGGAAAAAGCGGUAGUCUCGCCCACUCUGGCUCGCAUGCUAUUACAUGCGAACGAUUGGGACGUAAAUAAGAUCGUUUCUCUUCUGGCAAGUGAUGAAGCGGGUACUCUCCGCAAGAGUGGCAUCCUACCUCCCGGGUCCGCUACUGUUUUGCGAGCAAACUCUGGUCUUUCCUACUGUGCGGUUUGUGCAGAAGAAGGUAUUCUAGAAAUGCGUGCCUUGUCCUGUGGCCAUGCAUUUUGUGCUGUGUGUUGGCGUCUACAUAUUGAAGCUAAGAUUUCUGAGGGUGUUGCGUCCCGACUAGAGUGCAUGGAUUCAAGCUGCAACUUGUUGUGUCCAAGUGAAUUUGUCCUUCGAAUACUGGACAAACCGCAGUUUCGAGCGCGAUAUGAGCGAUUUGUUUUCCGUGAUUAUGUCUCUUCACAUCCAGAGCUCAAAUUUUGUGUAGGGAAGGACUGUCAAACCGUUAUACGAUCUAAGGAGAAAAAACCCAAGCGGGUCACAUGUUCUUCAUGCAACACAUCGUUCUGCGUUGCGUGUGGCGUAGACUAUCAUGCUCCCACUUCCUGCGAAACUAUAAAGCAAUGGUUGCUAAAAUGUGCGGACGAUAGCGAAACCGCUAACUACAUCAGUGCCCACACCAAAGAUUGCCCUCAAUGUCACUCUUGCAUUGAAAAAAAUGGCGGAUGUAAUCAUAUGCAGUGCGCGAAGUGCAAGCAUCAUUUCUGUUGGAUGUGCUUUGGCGAUUGGAAGACACAUGGUAGUGAGUACUAUGAAUGCAGCAGAUAUAAGGAAAAUCCUUCCGUGGCUGCAGAAGCGAAUCAUGUGAAGGCUAGACGUGCGCUUGAGAAGUAUCUGCACUACUACGAACGUUUUGAAAAUCACAGCAAAUCACUGAAAUUGGAACAGCAGUUCCGUGAUAAAAUCCAGAGGAAAAUUGAAGCGAAGGUCAACGAUCACGAUGGUACAUGGAUUGACUGGCAAUACCUGCACAAUGCGGCAACUUUGCUUACAAAAUGUCGGUAUACGCUACAAUACACCUAUCCUUUCGCGUAUUUCAUGGAAAAUGGAGCUAGGAAGCAGCUGUUCGAAUACCAGCAAGCUCAGUUGGAGAAAGAGGUUGAAGAACUAGCUUGGGCUGUUGAAAGAGCUGAUUCUACUGCCAGGGGCGCUUUAGAAGCCCACAUGCAUCGUGCUGAACACAAACUAGAUACGGACAAGUCAAGGCCUCUAAAGUGA